AUGGCCCGUCUAGCAGUCCUCACUCUAGCCUUCGGGCUAUUCGCAAUUACUUACGCCGCACCAGGUGGAUAUGGUGGCGGUAGCCAAGGUGGUGGCAGCAUAGGUGGCGGCUACGGCGGCGGUGGCGGCGGCGGCGGUGGCCACGGAGGAGGCGGUGGUCUCGGCGGCGGCAUUGGCCACGGAGGAAGUGGUGGUCAUGGAGGCGGCUUCGGCGGUGGCCAAGGAGGCGGCGGCGGCUAUGGCGGUGGCCAGGGAGGCGGCGGCGGCUACGGUGGUGGCCAGGGAGGCGGCGGCGGCCUCGGAGGUGGUAGUGGACAAGGAGGCCAUGGUGGACACGGAGGCAGUGCUGGAAUCGGUGGAGGACACGGCGGCAGUGCUGGAAUCGGUGGAGGACACGGAGGCAGUGCUGGAAUCGGUGGAGGACACGGAGGCAGUGGUGGAAUCGGUGGAGGACACGGCGGCGGUAAUGGCGGUGGUUUUGGCGGCGGAAUAGGCGGUGGUGGCGGCGGUGGUCACGGUGGACACGGUGGAAACAGUGGACACAGUGGACACGGACACGGUGGUCACAGCGGAGGAGGCUACGGUGGUUCUGGUGCCAUUGCUAGCUCAAACGCCCAAGCUAGCGCUAGCGCUGGCGGUGGCCACAAAGGAGGAUACGGAAGAGAAGAAAAUUUCAUAAAAUAUAACAUGAAGAAGAUAACAAUAAUUGUUCUAGCACUCGUGGUGUUGGCAGUGUGUGUGUACGCAGCGCCCGGCGGCGGUGGAGGAAAAGAUAGUGACGGUGGCCAUGGUGGUAAGGGUGGAGAUGACAAUAAAGGCGGUAAAAGCGGAGACCAUGACAAAGGCGGAAAGGGUGGCGGCAAAAAUGGUAGUAGUGGUGGCAGCUCCGACAGUAGCAGCAGCAGUGAGAGCAAAGAGGAUGGUGGCAAAAGCGGGAAGGGUGGGGAUGGAAAAGGAAAUGGUGGCGGUGGCAAGGGAAAUGAUGGUAGUAAAGGUAAAGAUGAUGGGAAAGGCAAAGGAGGCAAAGAUGAUGGUAAACAUGAUGGCAAGGAGUAUGGUAAAGGCUACGGAUGGGGGCGAUAA